GGUGGGAGCGGGGCUGUUGAUAUCAAUAUGGCGGUUGUCAGCCAGACAAAGACAGUCAGUCUGAUGUGAUUGAGACAAGGGUGGUUUUCAGGGGGAGACUGGGAGAUAGGGGCCUCCCCUCCCCCUUCUCCUCUUCCUGCGCCGGCCUCAACCCCUCCCCAGUCCCCUCCCGACUGGCGCCCCACGCGGAAGACACCCCUCCCCCUCCCGCUUUCCCCUCCUCCCUGCCUCAGCCCUUCGUACUGGGACGUUGGGGAGGGGGCUGUGCCGGGCGGAGAGAACUCAGCAAGGAUUCUGAGAAUGGUUAAUAAAGCUGAUCAUCUCUAGGAAGGAUAUUGGUUCACCUCAUGUAAAGUAUGCUCAGUUCCUUUCCAGUGGUUUUGCUGGAAACCAUGUCUCACUAUACAGAUGAACCCAGAUUUACCAUAGAGCAGAUAGAUCUGCUUCAACGCCUUCGGCGUACUGGAAUGACUAAACAUGAAAUUCUGCAUGCCUUGGAAACUUUGGACCGUCUUGAUCAAGAGCAUAGUGACAAGUUUGGAAGAAGGUCCAGCUAUGGAGGAAGUUCUUAUGGGAAUAGUACCAACAAUGUUCCAGCAUCAUCUUCCACAGCUACAGCUUCCACACAGACCCAGCAUUCUGGAAUGUCCCCAUCUCCUAGCAACAGUUAUGAUACCUCCCCACAGCCUUGCACUACCAAUCAAAAUGGGAGGGAGAAUAAUGAGCGAUUAUCCACAUCCAAUGGAAAGAUGUCACCCACUCGAUACCAUGCAAACAGCAUGGGUCAGAGGUCAUACAGUUUUGAAGCCUCAGAAGAGGACCUAGAUGUAGAUGAUAAAGUGGAGGAAUUAAUGAGGAGGGACAGCAGUGUGAUAAAAGAGGAAAUCAAAGCCUUUCUUGCCAAUCGGAGGAUUUCCCAAGCAGUUGUUGCACAGGUUACAGGUAUCAGUCAGAGCCGGAUCUCUCACUGGCUGUUGCAGCAGGGUUCAGACCUGAGUGAACAGAAGAAGAGAGCAUUUUACCGAUGGUACCAACUUGAGAAGACAAACCCUGGGGCUACACUAAGUAUGAGACCAGCCCCCAUUCCAAUAGAGGACCCAGAGUGGAGACAAACACCUCCCCCAGUCUCUGCCACAUCUGGCACCUUCCGACUACGACGAGGGAGUCGAUUUACCUGGAGAAAGGAGUGCCUGGCUGUAAUGGAAAGUUACUUCAAUGAGAAUCAAUAUCCAGAUGAAGCUAAGAGAGAAGAAAUUGCCAACGCUUGCAACGCCGUCAUACAGAAGCCAGGCAAAAAACUGUCUGAUCUGGAACGAGUUACCUCCCUGAAAGUAUAUAAUUGGUUUGCUAACAGACGGAAGGAGAUCAAGAGGAGAGCCAAUAUUGAAGCAGCAAUCCUGGAGAGUCAUGGGAUAGAUGUACAGAGUCCAGGAGGCCAUUCCAACAGUGAUGAUGUUGACGGGAAUGACUACUCAGAGCAGGAUACUUGGCAAGUACGCAAUGGGGAGGAGGAGGAGGGAAGAAGUUCAGAGGGAGGCAGAGAAGCAGAGAAGGAUGACAGCACUAGCCAUAGUGACCACCAAGACCCCAUCUCAUUAGCUGUGGAAAUGGCAGCAGUCAACCACACUAUCUUGGCAUUGGCCCGACAAGGAGCCAACGAAAUCAAGACAGAGGCCCUGGAUGACGACUGAUCAGGGAGGGUUGAACAGGAGAAGUUAACUUAGUUUAGACGUAGCACCUUAGCAGACUUUCCUCGGUCCUUAACAUGUGUUCUUACAGUAUAACUUGCAGUUUCUUGUAUGUCAGUUAGCCGUUAGGGUCUUGUUCUGUGAAGAUGGCAUGGUGCCCUCAGCCUUUGCAUAUACUCUCUCAGUAUUAAUUCCCAGUAAAUUAUAACCAACCAACCAACCAAACUUCCUUCUCCCAGCCCCUGAGGCUAGAAAACCUUGCUGCUCUGUCUUAGCAUUCCAAGAAAGUGCUUCCAGGUAUUUAGAUAGCCCUCGGUUCUCCACUAUUAGGCUACGUGUAAGACCUUGGGUACCUUUAGAUUCCUGUUACACUAGUCUGUACCCUUUUCCUUCCCCAAGACUGAUAGGAUGCAAGCUGAGGUUGUGUGGCCCAGGAUUGACAGACACCAUUUGGGGAGUAUCCGCAGAGUAAAAGGAACACUAGCAUUCCCACUCAGCGUGGGAAUCACUGAUUUCCAGCUGCAAUAAGCCGUGCCUCAUAAUAGUCACACUGUGGCUAGAUUAUACUUCUUUGGGUGCUGUGCUAAGAAUGUCCAUGGAAAAACUUGAUCUCAAAUUUUGGUUGAUGUUAACAUGCCUGACACAGACAUCCUUUCCUCUCACAAGCUGUGUGACUUAGUAGAUAAAAUACUGCCUUCUGCCUUUGGGACCAUGAUUCAGACAAAAAGAUAAAAAACAAAAGUCAUUUAAAAAACAAACAAACAAACCCAGCUUGAGAGCAUUGGAAAAAAACACGAGCUGAAUGUCUAAUGGAUGUUAAGUCCAGUUCUCAAAACCACUGUACGCUGCGUGGCACAGGUGUGUGCCUGCGUGGAAGAGUGCUGGAGGCCAUCAUGGACGCUGCUCUGCCUCCUGUCUGUGUCCCCUUUCCCUGCUACCAAAAAAAGUCUUUCAAGGAUGGAGCUAAGGUCACAAAUGAGUGAGUGAACUUCCAGUCUUUGUAUCCAUUAACUGAAGCCCCCUCAAUACGAGAGGUUGAUAGAGGACUUUAGAGCGGGAUUAUGCUGGCUGACUAUCAAAAAUGCAAAUACUUUCCUAAAUAGGAGCAGAAAAAAGCAGGGGACAGUUGCCACUUACGCGGUGGGUCUUCUUCGAUACAACGUGAUGUGACUGCUUUGGUGUUCUCUUUACUCUGUCCUUGUAGAGGUGUGAAAAGCUAUAUUGCUACAGGCAAUUUAUUUAAUAAUUGGAAGCCAUAUUGAUAAUGGAUGUGGUAAUAUUUGUAAAGUUUAAUCUACUUUAAGCGGCAGUAACUAAUGGAAUUUUUUUCCUUGAUCACAUAUGUAGCACUUUUGUUACUUUUUAAAGAUAUUUAUAUUUGAUAAAUCUUUUUUUCAUUUUGAGAACUCAAAAUACCAAACAGUGAACUUGCGUUAUAAAGUCACCCUGUGAUCACCUUGUCAUCUAGUAGCAAAAUGAUGAACUAUUCAUGCAUCAAAGAAAAUUACAUCUGCUGGCCUUGUAUGAAAAUGAUCCCUUGGCAUCCUGAUUAAAUGACACACUGUCACUGUGGGGAAGAGGAGACCGCCUUCGAUGUAGCGGCUGAGGGUGCGUCUGAAGGAGGCAUGCCUGCUGUAUAUUUUCUGCCUCAUUCCAUCUCCUUUCUGCGCACGGUAAAGCCUUGUUUAAAGGGGGAUGUGGGGCUGGCUGUUAACCAGGACUUCUGUCUUGUCGUCCAUUACCUGAGAACGAUCUCUAAGGUGGAAGAAAGGUGCCAUUUCCUUACCUCCUCACCUCUCCUCCCCUAUCGGCCUAAAACCACUGAGAGAGAGACUGACUGACUUCUUUGUUUUUCCCUUUCUCGUUAGUGAAAUAGUAAAUAUCCACAAGUUUUUAGCUGGUCUGUCUCCAUUUAAGGCACGUGCUGACAAGGUCUUCUCCGUAUCCGUUCAUUCUGCUUGGGCCAGUGUGCGGAGGCCUUUGAGAGGGCAUGAAGAUGCUGCCUUAUAUGGGUCUGUGACUUUUAGGAGCUUUGGGCAGGGACCGGGCCUGCUCUUGGUUGUGGAUUUCGGGCAGAAAAUGUAUAUGCUUCUUCCAAGAACUGAAGUAAAAUGGGGUAGUCUUUCCUGUUUUACCGUAUUACUUGAACCAACAAAUUGAAGAGUAGCAUUUGUUAUUCUCAGGAAUGAUCCCCCUGCUCAUUUUCUUUCUUGGUGUGUUUGACAUUUUAUUUCAAUUAGGAGAUUAUGUUAUCUUUCUUUCCUUUUAUAUUACGUAGAAGAAAUAUAACAUAUUGUAUCUUUCCAUUUCGGUGGAAUUUUGUCUGCUUAUUCUCGGUUGACUCAAAGAAAAGAAGAGAGAAGACUAUACUGUCUGACAAGCCACAUCCAUGAUUUAUUGUAAGGAGAUUAUUAUAAUUGAUAGCUUCUUUAUGAUGGGAUUGCUGGUAUCAUUUGUUCUUGCUGGUCUUUUUAAAGAAACAGACUCAAACUGUUAAGACAGCUGCAGUUUCUAAAGAAAUACAGUGAUUGCCAGAGAAGAGCUAAAAGGUUUCAUUGUUUUAAGGCCUUAAAAAGAAAAAAAAGCUUCAGUGAUAAAGGAGAGUCAGUAUCUAUGAAAGCAGUACUGAGCCCUAUCUGGCGACCUGGAAAAAGUGGAAGAACGUGUCUACCAAUGCAGGAUAGCCUUAUCCUGGGUUCAGUAGGAACAGGAGGAAGGAAGCUUUCAUCCAGAAUUCGUCUUUCAAUUGAAGAAGAUGGCUGGCCUGCUCUGAAGACCCACUGCCUUACAUAUAAGUUUUGCUUUUUCACCAAGAGUGAAAAUGUAGGUCUUUGGGGCCUAGAUUUAAAUCUACCGUGGUUGAUUUGUUUUUGCUUUGGGGUUUGUUUUGUUUUGUUUUGUUUUGUUUUUUGACACCAGGUUGAAUUUUGUCUUGUCCAGGCUACCUUAAUUCUUAAAUGGCAUAUAGAGUUGCCACUGUCUGAUUUGUAAUAUCUUUGGCUAGUGAAUUUAUUUUCUUAAGCUUUUUCAGGUUUGGUGAUAUUUAAAUAGAAACCCUAAACUGCGCUCUUACUGAAGGGGAAAGAGCCAGGCUCUUAAAAAAAUCGUGUUCUGUGCUUUUUGGUUGUUGUAUCCCUCUUCUCUUACUCCAUACUGUACUUCCCUCGGGCCCCAGAGGACUGUUUCAGGACUGCUCUUUCCUCAUGAGGAAGACCGAAGGGGUGAGGAGGAUGGGGAACCUUGUCAGCAGUUCCUGUAACUUGUCUGUUACUAUUUUUAAAAGACACUUUUGUUGAAUUACUGUAGUCACAUGGGUAAGCUUCCUACUCCUCUUACAACACAGCCUUACAAAGGGACCUUCGAAAGAUGGACCAUCCUAGUGAGACUCCUGCCUUCUGUUGAUGACCCUAACGCAAGAUAAAGGCCAGGGAGGGCAGUACAGUACACUCUUAGCUGAUACCUUCUGGUACCGUCAGUACCAAAUAGACAUUUUGGUUUAUUUCAGGUUUAUUUCAGCAAAGCUUGUAAUUAAUUGUUGAGUACGCCUUACGGCAGUUUUCUUCACAGUCUCAAUCCUUUAAAGUGGUUGAUAGUUAUCUAGGGAAUCUGUCCACUUAUCUAGGGCAUCUGUCCAGUUCCCGUACCCUGUCCUUGGGUGGGACAGCCCCAGCCCCCAUUCUCCUGUUAUUCCUUCAUAGGAAGAAAGUUCCUGAAUAGGAAGACCCCUUUAAGGUACCUUUCACUCUGGCUUAGUAGAGGUGACCCCCUAAAGAGCUGUGAGUGAGUAAGCAGUUCAUCACCAUUAGAAGUGUGCAAAUCCAGUAUCCCAGUUCCUGGUAGAUUAGGAUGGCAGGCAGUCCGGUGACCAGCAGUACCACUGUUGGGGCCAGAUAUCCACCAUAUAUUUUUUACCUCAAAGGGGACAACUCAUGAAGAGCUCAUUCAUACACUUGUUUCAGUUCUCCCUGUUUGGCCUUUGUCUUCACAAACUUUGCUCCUGGAUUCCAAACAGAGGCACCAGGUGUAAAUAGACUCAUUUCUUCAGGAAUCUCCAGUGGCUUUGUCUCCUCCUGUGAACAGUUCCUCCUCCAUUUGCCUCUUGGUUUCCAAUACUAAGGCCUCAUCUUGAGCUGACAUCUGUGCUCGGAUUUCAUGUUCCACAGUAGGCAGAGUAGGUGGGUGUGGUCCUCUCUUCACACAAACACUCCGUCCUGUCUUGCAGGCCAUCCUUUUGACCAGCUACAUAUUCUACUGACCAGCUGCAUUAUCUCUGCCCAUAACAGUGGAAAUAAUCCCUUCUUCAUAUACAAUCCUCCCACCCCUGUCCUAAAAAUGUGAACUUCAAGUCCUUACUCUCUCGGUCUUAAGAAGGGUUUGGGUAGAAGCAGUCUUCCCAUUUAAGUUGUGGCUCUGCCUUUUAAAAUUGCUUUUUUGUCUUUUCUUGUUCAGAGAACAACUGGAGUAUUUUCUCCCCAAUGAGUCUCAACAGAUUCUUAGGCAAUAAUUUUUCUUGUUAUUGAUGAUCUUGUGCUAAGUAGCACUCUACACUGAAUAGUCCUGACCUUUCGCGUUGUGUGUUGGUUUUCUGUGUUAAUCUCCGUCCGUGAUUUAAAUCUUAGGUCAGAGUGGUGAUAGGUUUUGUCGUUUUGUUGUUGUGAUUAUUAGUAAUGUUUUACUACUGUAUUCAUUGGGGCUGCAUUGAGACCAGCCAAAUCCAUUUAUAGCUUUACUGAGCCGGAUUUGUCUGUCAGGAUUUCCCAAGCGGAAGUUGGGCGCACUGACCAGCUCUGCUGGUGGCGUCUGUGUGGGAGGUUAGGGACGAAGUGCGGGGAUGCACUGGGGCAGGGGUGGGAAUUGCACAUUGAAAACAUUCCUUUUUGUGUGCUCUCUAAAUAGCAAGGAUGUUUACUCAGGAUUCAGGGAUCAGUUGUCAGCCAUACUGCAUUUGGCUAACUGAGCUGCAUGCCCUGGAAACCCUCUUCCUGUUUCUUAAUUUCCGGAUUGCCUACUUCACAUUACUUCAUUUCACCCAAGUUUUCCAGUUUGAAGAUACUGCACCGUAAUGAGAACAUGAGGUUUUCCCAGGGAGGCAACUAUGAGUGGCCGGGUCAUCCUAUGAAGAUUUCCCUGACCGUAACCUAUUGUCAGAGGCCCUUUUUUUCCAGCACCACCGUCUCCUUCAUUAUAUGCUCUUUUCAAAAGAUGACUAUCACUCAAGAGGAAAGAUUUCUUUACCACUCUCAGGAGAACUACCCUACUGGGGUGGUGGGAAAGGCUUUUUAACUGCAUCGGACCUACAGAUCCCUUUCUGAUUACAAAAACUCCUCUCACAAACCUGGUUAUGUUCAGAAAAGCUGUUCUUAAUUCUCUUUACUUAUAAGCUAAAAAUGAUAAGCUCCUGCUUUUGCCGUCUUAGAGGACCCAUCAGUGGUUGACUCACUCUGAAGUGCAACUUUGUUCCUACUGAUGGAUGUUCAAAAGCUGGAAGUUCAUAAACUGUGAGGUGUCUACAUCAGUUUCAUUAUUCUUUCUUGGCAGAGAUGAGAAGCGGCAGCAAAGAGAAAGCUAACGAUCUGAGAAGUCCGGUUUCCUAUAACAUUAGUUUUCCUUUGUAAUUAAGAGGGAAGUAGAUAUGGUGGAGAAGAGAAGGAAACUCUGGCCACACCAAAAGAUCUUAUAUCCUGUUCUUACCGUCACCGAGGACCUUGAGGAUAUAGUAGACGCCAUGUGUAACAAAUGUGCAGAUCACUGGACUUUUUGCUUUAUACCAUGCUUCACGUGACACCUGGGGCCAAGCAGUGAGUAGAACUAAGUCGAUUGCAUUCACGUGAAGUCCGACUUGCAUUGUACACCACUGACCACUAACCGCCACAUUCCACGCCCAUUAGCUCCUUAGCCAGCGCAGCGCCCUAAGAGCAAACAAGGAAGCAUCUGCAGGAGGCUUUGCCUUGCUUUCCUGACGUCCUUUUUACUUGGCAAGUUUGGGGAUUGAGUUGGACAGCAGUACUGUGCCCUCCUGUGGGUGUCUGAGCCCCACGGUGUGGUGGCAUGGGGCAGCUGUUGAGUGUGACUGGUCACUAAGGCUGACCUGAAGAGGGCGUAUGCUCAUAGCUCGGCUCCCAGUUGGGACAUCUCCGGGUGCCACUCCCCUAACUCCAUUUGCAUUUUCUCUUUUAAUGAACGUGGCUCUGUACAUCCAUAAUUAACUCUCAAAUUCACAUUGGUGUGCUGUGAUCAAAUGAAGGUUUGCCUGAAUCCUUUCAAAUUGUAACCAUGGUAAUUGAGGGGGGUGGCACAGAAUGAAUAUAUAAAAAUAUAAUGACAAUUGUUCUGAAUGACUGAGUGUCCUCCUGACAUGUAAUUAGCUGUUUUAGCAAGAUGUAGAUUGGCAUGGUCAUAAUUAAAAGGAUUUCUGUCCUUUAUGUGAUUGGAAAUGGCAGAUCUCCCAUUCCCUGUUCCCUUUUGGCACUAAUGCUCCCAAGAACAUUUGGAACAGCAACUCAGUAAACUAAAAUAAUGACAUGGUGUUCGUGUCCUCUCCUUAGUGAAAGAGAAGGAUUUGGAGUUAUUUCAGCUUCAAAAUGGAAGCCUUUGCUGUUGCUCCCCAUUUGACUUCUACAUGAUUUGAAACCUCUUUGUCUCACGUCCAGUUUCAAACUGCUUCACCUUUGGCAGAAACUCCAGUCAGAAUCCCAAACUGAGUCGGCCCCUGACAAGGCCUCUGCGACUCUGUCUGACUUGCUAGCCCACUAGCAUGCAGUGCAGCCUAACUUGCGGAUAUUCACUGCUUAAUGGGCUCCCUAGGGUUUUAAUUCUUUCCCUGGUUACGUGGCGUUUCCUUUGUCACCAUCAGAAAGCAUCAGAUGGAAAUUUACACAUUUUCCUCAUUGGAUCCUAGGAUGUUCGGCCAGCAUGACACAAACGCACGUGAACACACAUGGGCUGUAAACGGGUCUGUGGCGUAAUUGGAGUACUGAUCGGCAGCGUCCUGAGGUUACUGGGCAUACAUGUGUUCCCCCACACAGCUCUCACAUGGCAGCCACCAACUUCCUUGUACUGGCAGCCUUUUCUUAGCCAGGGUUUUCUCCAUUAUUCUGCCAAGACGGUGGGAUUGUCUCCCUAGCCCUUGCAAGUCCAUGUUCUUUUUCUCUCCUUCUACUUCUCUUCCUUUCUCUGCAUACACCUCGUCCCACCCACUGACGUUGGGUGGCCUGGACACCCUCCACAGUCUCCUGCCCCAGAUGUCUGCUCUUUUCCCCGCUGAGACCUCCCACUGGACCGGAGCUGCUUUGUCUUUAUCUAGCCUUUCCCUAGAAUGUGCUUUUGGCUCUUUUUCCAUCACUUGCAGAAGUCUUCAUUCAGUUAUAUCAAGAGUCAGUCUAUGCAAAAGCAGCAGCCAGCAUCGUACCAAGUGCUUCAUUCCCAUGUGGCUCCUGGCUAUGAUCACGAGCCUGGCCCACUGAACCCUCCAGCAUUGGUUAGUAACCACUGAGAAAAUGUGGCUCUUGCUUUUGUUCGUAUUUUGCUGCUUAGCCUCAUACAAACCUUUUCCCUGGUCCACAGCUCAGAAGGGAUCCCAACCAAACGCUAAAGUGUUUAGUUUGAUGAAAAUGCUGAGGUAGGCUGCUUCUCCAUAACUGUUCUCUCCCCCUGUCCACAAUCUGUCUGUCUGUCUGUCUGUCUCUCUCACACACACACAUACACACACACACACACAAUUUGGGAAAAGACUGCCUUGGGGUCUUUUAUUCGUGUUCCCCUCAAAAAUACCUCCAAAUAUAUAGUAGUUGGGCUAAAUCAGGAAAAAUGCCAUUAAAAGUUCUUAUUCAGUGCUUCUCUUCCUAGAUGAUCUUAAAAGGACUUUCAGCCCCACCCAACAUGCCUACCUUCAAGACACAUUUGCUGUCUUUGAGACUUUUCUGUGGGAUCCUGUCAGUCUUCUGACAGUUGGAAUGAUCGUGGAUUUAUGACCCCAAAGAGCAGAGUAUCUCAUCCCUUAUUUUCCCAGCUGCUGAAAGAUAACUAUCUCCAUUACAAUUGAGAAUCUGUCUUAAGAUUUGCAAUUCUGAGAACCGACUAGAUGAGUAUAAUUCUGUGAUUUGUGAGACCUGCAUUAAAACAGCCAGCAGAACAUUCUGAUUACCUGCUUACAUUCAAAGAAAAUAGAAUUAUCACUGCAGUUAAAACCUUCUAACACAAUCUACUGUUUGAGGGAUCAAAGUAUUAGAUGCGCUGCUUAAGGAAUGGCUCUACUAAGAAAGAACCGGAGUUGGCAAGACAUCUCCCUCCCCAGGUGUUUCCAGAGGCCACUUCAGUGAUUCAAAACACCCUCCACCAUAAAUGCCGGUACCACUAGCAGUCCCCACUAAAAAGAAAAACGAAACCAAAAAAGAAAGCCAACUCACCAAGAUCCGUGAAAAUGGAGGUAGGACUUAGCCUUGAAAUACGGAUUUUGAGGAAGAGAAUACCCGGAGUUGCUCUUACAAGAAAACAGAGUAAAGACGUUGUUCUAAAUCAUGAUGCGACAAGAGACAAACAUUCAGACCUCCUGAAGUAUUCAGAGCUCAUGAUAAUAGCAGCUGACAUUUACUGAGCAUGUACCGUGUGCCCAGCACUGUGCUGAGUGGUCUGUCUCGUUUAUUCUUGAAGAUUCACAGACCCCACACUGAGUGGUACCACCUUAAUGGAGAAGAGUGAAAUCUCCAGUUGCUUCUUUCAUCUUCGUAGGAUGUUCAUUGGAGAAUGGACCAGAGAGUCUGCCUGGCAUUGCCCUGAGUGAAAUCACUGCAUUUAAUCUGUUUUGUUUUCUCGACGACCACACUGGAUAAUUCUCACCAGCCCCCUCUCCCAAUGCUAUCAUCUCUCCCUGCCCUUCAUUCCCUCUGACCCUGAACUGGUGCUACCGUGAUGGUCUAGACACUAGAGCACCCCUUUCUCUUGGCCUUUCUCCUUGUUUAGUGAUGGUGAUGGAAAUACAGUGACCUCAGGGAGGCUCUGCAGCUAUAAUGUAAAACCUCUUGUUUCAGGCAUCCUGUCUCCAGAAGGCAAAUGUGAGGUCCUGCCUUUUUGUGGAGAAGAAACAGUACAGCUAUCUCAUCUGUGUCUUGUGGAGAAGUCGAAUUUACUAGCACUCCUUAGGUGUAGUUCCAGUUAGUUGAGGCAGAGGAUAUUAAAAAUCUCACACACUUCCUGUUUUCUCUCUGUUUAGCUCUUCAAGCAUCUUCAUAAUGCCUGUUACCUUUAGGCAUCCUGCUUCUGCACAGAAGUGUUUAGCUCAGCCAUUCCAACUCAUUCUGCUGUCAUGUCCAUCACAGUCAUGAGAGACAGUGGUGGGGCUGAGCCAGUAGGAAGUUCUGGGACUCUGGUAUUCGCGUCUGCCCUGCAUGGAGACAAGUACAGAUUUGGGCUCAGCAUAAGAACUUUCUCAUAACCACAGCCUGGCACAGGGCCGAGCCACCUCGGAGUUCAGGUGGCAGCUCAGUGACUACUGUCAGGGGCAUGGGCUCCAAGCUGACCUGAGGAUGGGACUGAAAUGCCAUGUUUCUCUCCCCGUCGCUUCUCUGACACUUUUCCUCUUGCAAAUAAGCGGUUCUCAGGAACUGACUGUCCCUCUCUCUUCUCAUCCACUCUCUCAUGUCCUAGACAUUCUUGAAGCCCAAGAGAGUGGAGUCCGCCCUGGAGGAGAGCCCCCCAUUGGCCUGGCCCCGUGAGUGGAUCCACCAAGUUGACACCUUGGGAUUGGGGUCCCCAGUAAUAGGUACUUUGUUUCAUUAGCUGGCCCAUGGGGUUUUUUGGUUAUCUAUUCCCCACCAAAAAACAAACAAACAAACAGCAAAACAAAAACAAAACAAAACAGAACCCCCACCCCGAUGUGAAGAACAAGGUAUGCGUGCCUUCCAUGUAGUUUUUGAUCCAGGUGUGGCAUCUCUGGUGGCAGCUGGGUGCCACUGAAAUUUUGGAAUGGAGACAUUAACUCCGUCCUGGGAAAGAGCACAUGACUCUUAACCAAGCAGUAUACAUGGGAGAGAUGAGUCACCAGAUUUGUGUUGCCUUGUCCAGUUUCCCAUCACUUCCAGGUCAAGCCAAAAUUUCAGCCUUGUUUUCUGGCUUCCUUUAAGCCCAGAAACCACUCCCCUUUUGUUGCUUUACUGGAACUAAGAGCCCAGCAUAAACUUAGGAGGGUCGUUUUUCCACUUCAUCAUUCAUUGAAGCUAUUAAACUAGAAAGAAAACGACAUUAGUGCUGUAUUAGUGUAAACAGCAGCCACUCUAGUGAUAUUACAUUGAACUCUUUUGUUUUUAUGCCAGAUUCAUAGGCGGGGUAGGCAGUGCGGACAUUAGUGGAGUGGAUUGAACAAAGGUGAGAGCUCUGCCACAGGCUCCUUGCAAGAGCAUUAUUAUUAGUGAUUUGCCUUGAAAACCACAUUUCUGUAUGUUAGAGUCAGUGAGCCCCUUAAUCCUGCAUCUCUGAAAAUGGGCACCACGAAACCAAAACCAAAGUUCUUGGGGGCAGGGGUGGGGGGUAGGGAGCUGCUACCUUCGAGCGUCAGCAUCUCUGGCAAGGCUUUUCUUUACUGCUCACUGGUUUUGCCAGAACACUCUUUUCAGAAAGGGCCUUUUCUUUUCCUCGUAGUUUUCCUCACACAGAUAACAGAAAGCAGGCCCGUGCCGUCCUGUGGCCAUGAGUCUAGAGCAGGCCGUCCCGACUUCCCACACACCUGCUCUCCCCCAUCCAUUCGCCCUGGUCUGCAGAAACAAAAGAGCAGAGCCCCUGCCAGCCCGGCCCUGGUUCUUCAGACUCACCCAGGCUGCAAGGGGGGGCGCUCCCCUGCCAGAAGAUAGCGAGAACAUCCUCGUUGCCUCUCCUGAAAGAGCCCACAGCCUUCUCUGAUUCCCCUUGGGCUCCCCUCCUUCCCUUCCACGGCCAUAGUCACCGUUGGGUAUGCGGGACCUUCCAAGAAUACAUUUCUAGUUACGUUUUUUAAGUGCCUAAGCAAGUUACAGAACUCUGGAACCUGCCAGAGAGUCAGCCUGUGCCCUGCCCCCACCCCUUCCCCACCCUGCACUUAGCCCCCAGGGACGGGGGCAGAUAGCUGCCCCUCUCCAGGGUCCCCGGCGUUCUGCAGGCAGAACAACUGCUAGGGCAAGCUGGUGGGCAGGGCGACAUCAUCAGUGCCCCCGCAGGCUGGCUUGUCACUCUUUCCUGUGCUGCUUUUUAGGGAUGUCUCUGUUGGUGGGCUUCCAGUCUUGGCUCAUCGAGAAUGUUCAGGAGCCCGCUCUUCGAGGUCUACAGCUCCUGAGUGGGGAAGAUAGGGGAGAGCAACACAGCCACAGAGCAGAAUUCAGUCUGUCUUUGUCCUCAGCUGGAAAAUGCACCCAGAUCCAAGAGAGCAAAGAGUCAGAUAAUCACAGUUAAAAACACCAUGAUUCAUUUGCCAUCAUUAAUCACUGGAACCCUGGCUGCCUCUCCCUGUCCUCACACUAGAUUUGAGGGAUCAGGGCGUCUGCUCACAAGGGCUCAGAAGGGCCAUCAUUGCUGGGGGUGAAGCAAGAUCAGAGGUGCAUCUUUGAAAAUGUGAGUUAUUUGUUUGCUUCUUUUUUAAAGUAAUUGAAGUCUGACCUAAAUUCGGGGCCUUUAUUAUGUGGUGGGUGUAGGACGGAUUAUUUUGUGACUGCACUCUUCACAUCACGGCACUAAGCAGCGCUCAGAUGAUUUGCUGGUGCAUUAGAAAGUUUUUGCAAAAUGGACAAAUCCAUACCCAGGCACUUUAUUUUCAUUAAUAAUCCAGCGUUUUUGUUCAGACAAUGUAAUAACCCAAACGGUGGGCAUUCACAUUUAACAGGUAUGAGCAGAUUUGCCAGAGGAAGUCUUUGGAUUUGAAUAGAGAAGGGAGGCGGGUUGAUGAAAGUGAUCCCAGUGGGAGACCACUGCAUUGGUGGUGACCAGAGGGAGCUGCUGCUGAGGGCGGCAGCCAGCCCGGGAUGGGGCCGCGAUCUGUUGCUCCGUCCCGCAGACGCUGGUGUGGGCAGCGCCCCCGAGCGCUGGUCAGUUGCCCCAGACGCGCGUCCAAUGGGGGCCGCAGGGGCGCGGGGAGCCGGCCGUGCGCUGCGGCGCCGGGUUGAAGAGGCCCGCUUGCUUCUCCAUUAACUGGACCCGAAAGCUCCGGCACCCGCCGAGUGCUGGGGGCUCAUCCCCGUUGCAGAACCACGUGCAGCUCUGUCUGCCUGUUCAUGGUGGGGGUGGGAGCGAGCUGGCACAGCAGGUUAUAAAAUGGAAAGUGGGUUUGACAGUCGUAAUCUGAUCAGAUACCAUGGACCAGAUGCCUUGGGACCGCCUGAAAGUCUUUAGCGUCCACCAAAUACUCGAGUAUCUGCGACGGGCUGUGUGGGGUCCCUACCAGAUGGGUAUGGGGGCAGAGCGCCCCCUUCCCUGCCUUGGCCGUCGUGUGUCUUAGUCUUUGUGUUUCCCUUUGGCGUCUCCUGGUCUCUGUCCCCCAUCUUGUGCACCAUGUGUCCCUGAGGGGAGUCGCACCUGUGUCUGAGUCUGCUGUAAGGUGUUCAGUCUACCUCAAGGGGUCAUCAUGGUCAACUCUGUCCCAUAGCAAUCCUCUGACAUCGCCACACACACUGGAAUGUAUAUCUGCCCCUGGCCCUGCCUUCCCUGUCGGUAACCUCCUGACCCCAUCUUUCCUGUAAUCACCACAAACUCCUAGUGCAAAUUGGAUGCUGCUUUAAAUGUGAAAACAAUUGUUCAAAAGCUAUAAAACCUGAAUGAAAGCUAAAGCUGAAUUUAUAAGCCUUGUUGCAUAUGAGCCAAAAGUGCAAAAAGCUCUAUAUAAUGAACUAACCUGCCACUCGUAUAAAUAUAAAUAUAUAUAAAUAUAUUAAAAUCAGACUGUUCUACAAAAUUGUGUAUUUGUAUUUUUGUGUACGUACAAUUUUCUGCUAAGCAGAAGGAGGAUGUAGUAUAGGAUGCUGUGAGAAGAGAUUUGGUUUAAUCCUAUUUCUUUGUUACUUAUUUUUGUUAACAUCAGAUGCCUGUCUUUGUCUUCUAUGUGUAUGACACUGUUUGGAAAGUUGCAGUAUCUCUCUUCCUUAGGUCCAGAGUCCAACAGAGAAUGAAAUCUGGGGUUUAGAGAGUUGUCCAGGCCACCAAACAUGGAGAAGUGGACAGAGCUUGGCCCUCUCCUGCCCAGGGGCUGCUUGCGGUCCUGAGGCAGCAGUGAGGCAGGGCACGGCCUCUGGGAAGCUGAAUCUCACUUCUAGAAAGCAACUUCCAAAACAAAGGACUGUCAGAUCUCUCUAACAUAAGACUCCACCGGGUCCCUCAGGGAGAGGUGCAGGACCUCUCAGUUCUGGGCAGACUUCUGGCCCAGAAAGGAGCAGGGGGCUCUGCCCAGCUCGCUGGCUGUCCCUGGGCUCUGUGUCCCUCUUCCGAGUAGUUGCUGCCUUUUUCAGACCAGGUUACCAAAAUGCCUCCCCUCUGCCGAGCUGCUGACGCUUCAUCACCCAGACCUCCAGCCCCAGUUCCCUGGAGCAUCUCGGAACCCACUUUCCCGGUGCUAACACACAAGAGGGGGGUAAAGUGGUUGCCAGUAAUGGCCAGAAACCAACCAUCUGAGAGGCCAGGCUGGAAGACAAGCUCUGUGCGCCAGGGCAGUCGCCUUUCCCCCGGGGGAAGCGUUGGGCACCCCGGGCCUGGGCCCCACCCCUGCUGCCCACCCACCUCUCAACCCCAAGGCAGUCCCUCUUGGCGUGAACCUUGUCUAGGGAGAGCGAUACUGCACCUUCACCUGUGGGACUCAUAUUUAUAACAAUGUGUAAUGACUGUAGCAAAAAGCCCUUGUUUCUAGAUGUAAAUGGUCAAAGAAACAAGUGCUCUAUUGUAUUGAUUAAAAAUAGUUCAAAUGAGUCCUGUAUCAUUGUAUCUCCUAUUCUGGAUUAGUGCCUUUUGGACAGUAGACUGUUCUGUAAUUAAAAUGUAGUAUACUGCUUUUUUGUACAGUUUUGUUUUAAUAAAACUUUUUUUUAAUUUGUGUUUAUUUUAGUAUUGUACCUAUUAGAGAAUAAAACGUAUAACUGAACAAA